AUCAAUUUAGUAAGAUAUUUUUUAUUUACUGAAUAAAUAGGAAAAUUCAAAUUUAUAGAAAAAAAGAAUAUCAUUUUAAAAUAUUAGUUUUUUUACAAAGAAUAAAAGGCAAUAGUAACGAAGCCAAGGCGGAAACGAACUUUCCUCUUCUUUGUUUCCUUCCUUCCUUUCGCCUCUUCUUCCUCCCCUCCCCUCCUUCCCCUCUCCUAGUUUUCGAUCCCCUUCGGAGUUCGUCCGCACUUCCAAUCGCCGGCGAUAUCAAUCAGGUAGAUUUUGCCUUCUAUAGUCUUAAUUUCUCUGGCUGAGCGGUGAGCGCUUCUCUUUUUCCCUUGAUUGCGGUGGUCCACUUUGUUAUUGGCGGUGUCAUUGGCAAGCUGUCUACGUUGCUUGUUGUUUCCUUCUUAGCGAUUUUGAUGAUACCCUUUGCAGCUGUGACAGAUUCAGGAGGAAUUUUGGAUUCAAAAUUGUUCCUUUUUUUGUUUGAUUGUUUUUUGAGAUCCCUUGGGGGCGAUCAAAGAAGAUUAAAAUAAUGGAUUGUUUUCUUUAGGUGAUGAAUCUGGAAUCUGAUUUCUCCGCCGAUGUUCUUCUCCCCUUUUGUGCUGCUCUGUUCUGUAUGUCGUUUUCGGCCUUCAGAGUUUGAAUUUCUAACAAAUUCCAUUACUGGUUGUUAAAUUUUCAGGGGACAAGCUAGAAUCUUGGGAUUGUGCCAUUGUGGUGCUGAAGGGGAGCAGUCUUCUGGGCUGUAUCUCUAAAAGCACUUGGUUCUCAGGGUUCUUCAUUUUAUUCUUCUUUCUCGGGAGAGAAAGAAAUAGAAUCAGAAACAGAAUCCUUGUAGGGAAUGCUGCAUGAUGUGCCUAACUGAUGAGAACCCAGUCUCUCAAGGCCAUGAAUAUGUGGCUUCCAUGGUCUUUUCCCCCUUAUUCACAUAUGAUGAGACUGGUACUGUAAAUUCUGCUUCUUUAACUGGUUGCAGUCGUCGCCACGAUGAUCACGGUUCCAAUAGCUGCUACAGAGUUCCCAAUAUAACGACGAUGCUGGACUUUUCUGAAGACGGUUGAUUAAGCCCACUUCGACUGCUAGUAGUUUGUAUUACUUUGUGGAUUGCGUAAUAUUUGGCUUUACAGGGUAGUAGUUUUAUUUUCGAAUGUGUGCUUGUAUUACUAACUCAAGGAUGGAUCAUAAACCGACCGUAUUGACCGCAAGAUACGAGAUCGGGAGGUUGCUUGGUCAAGGGACUUUUGCUAAGGUUUAUUAUGCAAGGAGUAUUACAACAAACCAGAGUGUGGCGAUAAAAGUGAUUGAUAAAGACAAGGUUUUGAAAGUUGGGCUUGCUGAUCAAAUCAAGAGAGAAAUUUCCGUGAUGAGAAUUGCUAGACAUCCGAAUGUGCUUCAGCUUUAUGAGGUCAUGGCUACCAAAAGCAAGAUCUUCUUCAUUGUGGAAUAUGCUAAAGGGGGUGAACUCUUCAACAAGGUUGCUAAAGGAAGGUUGAAAGAAGAUGCUGCUCGGAAGUACUUCCAACAACUGAUCAAUGCUGUUGAUUUCUGCCACAGCAGGGGUGUUUACCAUCGGGACAUAAAGCCAGAGAAUCUGUUGUUGGAUGAAAAUGAGAAUCUAAAGGUUUCGGAUUUUGGAUUAAGUGCCCUAGCUGAAUCCAGGCGCCAAGACGGUUUACUUCAUACUACCUGUGGAACCCCUGCAUAUGUUGCUCCUGAAGUUAUCAACAGGAAAGGUUAUGAUGGAGCCAAAGCUGAUAUAUGGUCUUGUGGGGUGGUUCUAUAUGUGCUAUUGGCAGGUUAUCUGCCAUUUCAUGAUUCCAACCUGAUGGAGUUGUACAGGAAAAUCGGGAAAGCUGAAUUCAAAUGUCCUAAUUGGUUUGCCCCAGAAGUUAGAAGACUUUUGUCCAAAAUACUGGAUCCGAAUCCUAAUACAAGGAUAUCCAUGGCCAAGAUUAAAGAAAGUUCCUGGUUUAGGAAAGGAUUGAGCUCCAACAAACAGAGAAAACUGGAAGAAGCUGAAACCCAAGCUAUGGCUCCUUUGAGUGGAGAUGGAUCAGGUCCGUCUAGCAACAAUAGCAGCAUGCUCUUCGAGGAAGCAAAACAAGAACAACUGGUGAAGCCUUCAAACUUGAAUGCAUUUGAUAUAAUCUCUCUCUCAGCUGGGUUUGAUCUGUCUGGACUCUUUGAAGAAGAUUUACUGAGAAAAGAAACCAGAUUUACUUCUAAACAGCCUGCAUCGGUCAUAAUUUCUAGACUUGAGGAUACCGGCAAGCUUCUGAACAUGAAGGUGACGAAGAGAGAACCAGGGUUACUGAGGAUGGAAGGAGUAAACGAGGGUAGGAAGGGUUUGUUGACCAUUGAUGCUGAAAUCUUUGAAGUUGCUCCAAACUUUCAUUUGGUGGAAGUGAAGAAAACAAAUGGGGAUACAUUGGAGUAUCAGAAGAUAGUGAAAGAUGGCAUGCGACCUGCACUCAAUGAUAUUGUCUGGGUUUGGCAGGGAGAAAAGGAACCAGCCCAGCAGGAAGGAGAACAGUAUCUUCCUCCGUCGCUGCAUGAAUGACACAGUGACCAGCAUAGCUCAGCAACUCACUCUUGUCCCUUGACGAGAUGAUAAUUGCCAGUUUCUCUGAGAUCUCAUUUCUGUACAGUUUUGUGAAUUGGCAAAGCUCUUUACUCUUUGUUGUUGUGUUCACUGUUUGUUCCCCCUUUUCAAUGUUUUGCUGUACUUCAGCUUCAAUGUACGUCUCUGGAAUACCCGAAACUCUUGUUUUGAUAACUGCGUUAUUGAAUCUAUAUGUUAAAAUGAUAAAAAGCAGUUACAAUA